AUCUCUGCACCCAUCUGCUGUUACAGUCAUCCACCACAUCCAGCCUCCACCAAUAUGCCAUUUUAGUCUCGGUCAACCAGCACAAGAGACGACCAUGCUGUUGUCUCCUCAGGCAGAGAGGAACUGGGAGGAUCUGUGUUCAGUGCUUGAAGAUGUGCUGGAGGACCAGUCCCACAGGCAGUUGUUCGCCUUAGAGCUGGGAUCUGGAACUGGGCAGCAUGUCAUACGCUUUGCCCAGAAGAUGCCCUUUGUUACCUGGCAGCCAUCAGACAUCAAUGAAGCGUCACGGGACAGUAUUAAGGCAUACAUUGCUGCAACCCAUGCAAAGUCUGUGCUGCAGCCUGUCCACUUGGAUGCCAGCGAACCGUGGGAGAAAUGGGCAGGCCUUCCUCACAACUCCUGUGACGUUAUUGUUGCCAUUAACCUACUGCAAUACAGUUCCUUCCAAACUGCACAGGGUGUUUUCAAUGGAGCUGGUCAGAUCCUCAAGCAAAAUGGUCUUUUGAUAACACAUGGGGUGUAUGCUAUUAAUGGCACCAUCACACCAACUUGUAAUGAACACCUGGAUGCAGAGCUCCAAAAAAUGAAUCCAGAGUGGGGUCUUCCAGACAUCGAUGUGCUGAGACAGCUGGCCUAUGGAAACGGGAUGCGUAUGGAGAGGAUGGUUGAGAUGGAAGAAUACUACAAAUGUCUCAUCUUCAGAAAACUUUAAAGAAGCCAAACUACAAAAAUAACUAAAACAAACUUAAAUUUUUGUAUACUUAUGCACAAUACUAAGUUAUAUGUUAAAGCACAUUUCAUCAUAUCACUUAUCAAUGUAAUGUUAUGGCCUUUACACUUGUAAAAGAAAAUUAAAACCCCUCUUGUUGAAACAUG